CUUAAGGGCCGCGCACCUCGGUUCGGUGAUCAGUAGUCAUCCGGAGCCAGCUGGCGGUAGGACCAGCUGGACGGGUAGUGCGGCACCACGGAUACCUUCCCAUCAGCUGAUCCCAGUGAUUCCCCAGCCACCAGGCGUCGCCGGACAUGGACAACGCGGGGGUGUACGCGGGCGCCAACCCGCUGCAGAAGCGCGACGCCACGGAGACGGUCAAGGAGUUCUUCCACAAGAUGCGGUGGGGCUCGCGCGAGACCGUCCUGGACGUGGGCUGCGGCCCCGGAGACGUCACCGCCAAGGUCCUGUUCCCCAAGCUGCCCGUGGACGCCUCCUGCGUCGGCGUCGACCUGUCCGACAGGAUGGUGCACCACGCGUCCACGAACCACGGCCACCCCCGGCUCUCCUUCUUCCAGUUCGACAUCAGCACCAAGGAUACGCACCACCUGGACCGCGUGCUGCAGCUCUACCCCGCCACCAAGGUCGUCUCCUUCUACUGCCUGCACUGGGUGCUGGACCAGAGUGGCGCGGUGAAGAACAUCUACCGCCUGCUCGCGCCCGGCGGGGAGACUCUGCUCGUGCUGCUGGCGCGCAGCCCCGUGUUCGAGCUGUACGAGAAGAUGGCCGUGAUCCCCGAGUGGAGCGAGUACAUGCGGGACAGCGACCGGUUCAUCUCCCCGUACCAGCACGUGGUGGACCCUCGCGCCGUGUUCCACGACCUGCUGACGGCCGAGGGGCUGGAGGUGCUGCACUGCAGCUGCCGGGAGCAGACCUUCGACUUCAGCUCCCUGGACAGCCUCAGAGAGUCCGUGAAGGCCGUGAACCCCUUCCUGGACCGCAUCCCGGAGGACCUCAGGGAGAAGUUCAUCGACGAGUGCAUGGCGACGGCGGCCGGGCUGUGCGACGUGGACAAGGAGCGCCACACCGUCAGGACGAGGUACAGCCUGCUGGUGGCGCACGCACGGAAGCCCUGGCAGAAGAACGGCCAGUUCAGUCCGUAGGCCCAACGCACUGCAAGGCACGGCAAGGCACUGCAAGGCACCGCACAUCCAAAGUCUCAACUUCCAGAUUCGUUCCUCGCCCUGGGUGGAUAUUUAUAUUUUAUUACUGUUAUGAUUGUUGUUGUUAAUGAAUAAAAAUUGAGAAAAUGGCGUU